CUCCUCAGCGCCCCCCUCUCUACCGUCUCCCGUCGAGCUCCUUCGAUCCUUCUUCUCUCCCGACAGCUGCCCCGAUUUCCUCUCUCUCAACACCCAUUGUUGUCCCCUCUGGCUCGGCACACCCCGUAGGGUUCGGAGAUUUGCCGCAGCAUCCGUUCGUGCUAUCCUAGGCUGUAUGUUGGUGUGCUCCGUACCCCCACCCCCCUCUCUGUUUGUGGUCGCCAUCCUGCCCCUUCCUGCUCUAUUCCUCACCGCCUUCCCCGGCGCCGGCGGGCGUGGGGUCCCAGCCUGUCUGCUGCUGCUCAUUCGAGUCUUGGUAUUUAUCACAAAUUCUGAUUAUUGGUGGCUCCAAGAGAUGGAUGUUGCAUUCAUUGCCCGAGAAAAUAGAAAGCGUCGAAAAGUUAUUCUUAACCAGCGUAGAAAUAAGGAAAUAAUUCAGACUGUUGAACUUGAACAUCGAACAAAUAGAACCAUUGAUGUUAUCAAUUCUGGAGUUGCAUCAGGGCCUUCUACUAUUUCACUGGAUCCUGCUAACCAAUUGCAUCUUGGGUUACCGGAAUAUGAAUGUCAAUUCUGUGGUGCGUUACUGUGGUAUAAUGAAAGAAUUUAUAAAUCUCGAAAUGAACAUAUACCAAGAUUUUCGUUGUGUUGUCAAGAAGGCCGAAUAUACCUACCAUUGUUACGCGAAACACCGCAUAUUUUAGAAACUUUAUUGGAUUACCAAGGUGGAAGGGAAGGUCGCAAAUUUAGAGACAAUAUUAGACUAUACAAUUCUAUGUUCGCAUUUACCUCAAUAGGUGCAAAAGUUGAUACAGGAAUUAAUAAGAGCCCAGGUCCAUAUGUCUUUAGAAUUAAUGGCCAAAAUCAUCAUAUAAUUGGUUCUCUUCUCCCAAGUGAUGGACAUCGGCCCAAAUUUGCACAACUUUAUAUUUACGAUACUGAGAAUGAGGUCGCCAAUAGGAUGAAUGCAUUCGGCACAGAUGGUAAUUUGCAGAAUAUUGACAGAAAUAUUGUAGCAGAUUUGAUACAAAUGUUUGAUUGUGAAAAUGAAAUUGUUAAAGCCUUUAGGAUGGCAAGAGAUCGUUUUGUACAGGAUGAUUUCAUGCCCAUGAGAUUGCGAAUAAUUGGUUCACGUGGAGAAGUCUUACAACAAUAUAAUCGUCCUUCAUGCGCUGAAAUUGCUGGUCUGAUUGUUGGCGAUUUGGGUAGUGUGGAUCGGCAUCGUGAUAUUAUUGUCGAUCAUAAAACAGAAGGCUUAAAACGUAUUAGUGAUUUGCAUCCUUCUUUCAUGGCGAUGCAAUAUCCCAUUUUAUUUCCCUAUGGUGAAGAUGGUUUUAGACUUGGCAUACAGUGUAGGCAAACAUCUCGCAGAAAAACGAACUCUAGGCAAUAUAUUACAAUGCGUGAGUUUUAUGCCUAUAGGAUGCACAAUAGAUUAGAGGAAGGAAAGACUUUAAUCAGUGGAGGCAAACUUUUUCAGCAAUAUAUUGUUGAUGCUUUCUCCUGUGUUGAAGAAGAAAGGUUGCAAUACAUCAGGAGAAAUCAAACAAAUUUGAGGUCUGAGAUAUAUAAAGGUAUUAGAGAUGCUGUUGUUGAAGGGGAUAUAGAUGGUGAUGCAAUUGGCAAACGGAUUAUAUUACCAUCAAGUUUUACUGCCGGUCCUCGCUACAUGAUACAAAAUUAUCAAGAUGCCAUCGCUAUCUGCAGACAAUUUGGGCCUCCUGAUUUAUUCAUUACAUUUACCUGUAAUGCACAAUGGCCUGAAAUUCGAGACGCUUUGCAGUUUAUUAAUGGCCAAAAAGCUGAAGAUAGACCUGAUAUUGUUAGCAGAGUAUUUAAAUUAAAAUUGGAAGCGUUAAUGGAGGAUAUUAAAAAAAAACAAUAUUUUGGCAAAUCAAUCGCCGUUACAAUGGAGAUUAAACUUUUAUCGGAAUUAUCACUACACCAGCAAGAUUGCAAGAUCAAAGUACGAAUCUGCCGGAUAUGGGAAUCAACUGCCCCGCAUUUGAAAGCAAAUAUUUUCAGCCUAGAUUGUCUAUUGAUAGAUGAAAAGGGCUUUUCCAUGCAAGCAACAAUACGCAAGCAAGAUGUUGAAGCGUUUAAAUGCCAAAUUACAGAAGGCAGCAUCUAUCUAAUAGAGAAAUUCAGUAUUAUUCCAAAUAGAAAAAAAUUUGUUGCUGUCGACCGUCAUUAUAUGAUCCAAAUAAACAAAUCAACACAAGUAACUAAAGUUCAAGAAGAUUCUGAAGCAAUCCCGCUGUACAGUUUUAAUUUCUCUACUUUCUUUGAAAUUGAAAAGAAACGUUACAACGAUGCGGUUUUAACAGAUGUUAUUGGGAAAAUUGCAGUUAUCGGCGAAAUUACCCAUAGAUAUAUUGGGCAAACUUUGACUCCUAUUAGAAAUUUGGAAAUAGAAGAUUUAGAUAAAAACAUCAUGCCUGUGACGCUAUGGGAUACAUUUGCAACAAAUUUUGAUGAAGAAGAUAUUUCAAAGAAAGGAGCUACACAUUCUAUAAUCAUAAUUCUAGCCGCGAUGACAGUACGCACAUUUAAAGAGAAGGUGCAUUUAUCAACAUGCUCAGCAUCGAAGAUAUAUUUUAACUUGGAAAUUCCAGAAGUUUUGGAAUUUUUGAAUAGCUGCAGACAACAUGAACCUAAUGCAAUACAACGAAUCACUUAUGGUGAACAAAAACUUAUUUCCCCUCAAGAAGAAAUGUGCGCGAAUAGAAAAUCAAUUGCUGAACUGCUAAGCCUUGAUCUUACUGAUUCUGAAAAUGCGAAGUUCACAUGUGAAGCUACAAUUGCUGAAAUUGAUACAUCUUAUGGGUGGUGGUAUAAAGCAUGUCAUAAUUGCAAAACAGCCGUCAAGACGUGUGACGAUACAUUUUGGUGCUCCCGUUGUAACAGCAGCGAACAAUCCCCCAUUCCAUGGUAUAGAUUGAGUACAAUUGUUGAAGACGGCAGUGGCAUAGCUAACUUUACUAUAUUUGGCCGGUUAGCGCAGGAUCUGCUUCGUAUUCCUGCACAAAUUUUGGCAUCAGCAGUCGAUUCGGAUAAAUUCACUAUUCCUACUAUAAUAAAAACAGUUAUCAAUCAAAAACACAUUUUCCAAAUUGUACCUGAUGCGCAGAGAUUUAGGACAACUGCAUCUACUUUUAAAGUACUAAAAAUUUUUACGUUAAACAAUGAUGUGAAAGGAAAAACAUUUGUAAAAUGUGAAGAUCAACCAUACUCACCUCCUAACAAGAAGCAGCCUCGCACAGAAUUAUUACUAGAAUUACCUCCCGCUUCAGCCAUUCCUUCUAGCUCAGCACAAGCAUCUGAUCAAUUAUGUGAAAUUCCGGAGGCAAAGAAGCGCCACCUUACUUUAGCUAAUGUUGAUAAAGACUGAUGUUGAUGAAGACUUUGUGGUUAAAUUGCCGACUUUGCAGCUUACUUGAUAUUAAUGAAAACAGUUGAAACAAAUAUUGAACUUCUCAUAGCAACUUUUAUUUCUCCUUUUGAACUAUAGUUGACUGUAUAAAUGGAUGUACUAAUUUACAUGAAAUUCCCGCUGCGUAGGUUCUCCUUUUGAUUCGAUUAUAACCUAAUGCAUCUUUCUUGCCUUUUAAGUUUA